CCUCCAAAGCUGUCACACGGAAAGGCCUACGGUCUGGCUUAAGAAGAACCAUGGCAGACCAGGCAUAUGUUACCCUUGCCACAAAUGAUAAUUAUGCCAAAGGAGCCAUGGUGCUUGGGCAGUCCUUGAAGAACCACAAUACAUCAAGGAAGCUAGUAGCCCUCGUUGGCCCCAACGUAGCAGAACCAUCAAGAGAAGUGCUUCGUAAGAUCUAUGAUGAAGUGAGGCUGGUGGACGUGUUGGACAGCCAGGACACAGCACAUCUUGCCCUCAUGAAGAGGCCAGACCUAGGCGUUACAUUCACAAAGUUUCACUGCUGGACCCUCACACACUACUCCAAAUGCGUGUUCAUGGACGCUGACACACUGGUACUGUCCAAUAUUGACGAAUUGUUUGACCGAGAAGAGUUGUCAGCUGCGCCUGAUCCUGGUUGGCCAGACUGCUUCAAUUCUGGUGUUUUUGUUUUCCAUCCAUCUAACGAGACAUAUGGGAAACUUCUCACGGCCUCCUUAGAGUAUGGCAGCUUUGAUGGUGGGGAUCAAGGAGUCCUCAAUAGUUUUUUCAGUGACUGGGCAACAGCAGAUAUUUCUAAACACCUUCCUUUCAUCUACAACCUCAGCAGCAUCGCCAUUUAUUCCUAUCUGCCCGCGUUCAAGCAAUAUGGUGGAGACGCAAAAGUAGUCCACUUUCUGGGUAAAGUCAAGCCAUGGAACUACACUUAUGAUGCAAAGACCAAAUCGGUAAAGGGACACUCCCAGGAUGACACCAACUUACACCCACACUACCUGCUUCAGUGGUGGGAUCUGUUCUCCUCAAAAAUCGUGCCCCUGAUGAAGACAGAGUAUGGUAGCCAGCCCUUCCAUUCAGGUUGUGUGGAGACUGAAAUUCAUGAGAGUGUCGCCCAGAUGCACGUGUCCAACCCACCCCCACCCCCCCAGAUCUCCUCUCAAGAGCGCAAGAGCAAGUGGGAACAGGGCCAAGCAGACUAUAUGGGCAUGGACUCUUUUGAAAACAUUGAGAGAAAACUUGAUUCUUUCCUGAAGUAAAGGGUACUGUGUGGACGUUUGAUCAGGUUUGGUUCUUUACAGCUGCGUUCCAGGUCUAUGGUGAAAUAAGCAACAAGAUCCAAAAAACUGCUGUAUUUGAUUUAGAGUGUUCAUGUUUCAGACGAUUUUCAUGCAUUUUGUCUUGUUUCCGUUUUAAUCCUAUGAGCUCACCAGUAUUGUUGGUCACCCGAUGCCAUAACUGUUUUUAUACCAGUUCAGAAUGACUAUGCAGCUCUGCUAUUUCACCUUCUGCUUUCUGAUUUCACCACCCACUGUGAUGCAAGAGUUGACUAAGAUGGGUCAUUAGAAUUACAUAGUAUGUAACCUUGCAGUGCUUAAAACACACCCAGUUUCUCAGAAGUGAGGACACAUAAGGCAAUAUGACAUUUUUUUUAAAAAAAAUGUACAGAAGUCCUAGUCUUAUUUUAAACCUCAUUUUAAACAUUUCAUGUGAUUCAUGCUGACUCAGCUCAAGUAUUUCAUUGUGUACAAUACCUUGUGCUGUGUGGCGCAUACUUGGGUUACCUUAACUAUGUUACAAUAGCUAUUUGUACAUUUUAAGCAUGUAUGUGUCAGCUGUUUUCAGAGGAAAAAUUAAAUAGGCAUUGCAAGUCCCAA